AUGGAGAAAUUAAUGCAGACGUUGUGUAACAAAUGUUCGUGUCGAAUAUGUUUAGUACCACCAUGGGGUUUCAAAGAUUUGGAAGAAGAAAAACUAUACUCAGCAUACACACAGCAGCAGAGACAAAAAGCUGUUCCUCAUUUGCUUACGAUCGGCGUACUUCUCCAGGCAUUCGCUGUCGUCGUCCCUGGAGAACGAGAUAUGGCCUUUGCUUACAUAUCAAUCAUUUUAGCGUCGUUUGCUAACCUUACCCUCGUUAUCGUUUACACGUUCUGCCGAUCGACCCGACCCGUCCUAAAUCACGUGGUAUGGCUGGUGUUAUGGAUACAGCUUUUGGUGAGCGGAUCACGUCGGCUCGGAGAUUCAUACAACGAGUUGCUUGGAUGGGCAGUAGUACUUCAGUAUUUCACUCUUGCCACUCUGCCAUUACAUUAUCUAAUACUGCUACUGUAUAGUGCCCUUUCGUUUAGCGCUUAUCUUCAGGUGCAAUUCUACAAUGCUUAUUCCUCGGAAAGUAGGCUACCCGAUGACUUCUAUCUUCAGCAAAUAGCAAAUGGCGCACUGCUCAUCGGAGCUACACUGUUGGGUGGAACAGCAUAUGCUAUUAAUGAAAAACAACAACGCAGCUCUUUUCGGGAAACAAAACGAAGUCUACGCGAUAAAUUGACAAUUGAGCAACAGAGUAAAGAGCAGGAGAGACUGUUACUGUCGGUGCUCCCGGAACAUGUUGCCGUACAGAUGCGAAAAGACCUAGGCCUAAUCGACACUCAAUUCAAAAAAAUAUACAUGUCUCGUCAUGAAAAUGUUAGUAUUUUGUAUGCCGACAUCGUUGGUUUUACGGCUAUUUCCUCAACAUAUUCAGCCCAGGAUCUUGUUGCAAUAUUAAAUGAGCUAUUUGCUCGUUUUGAUCGUCUUGCUGAGAAAUAUCAACAGUUACGGAUCAAGAUACUCGGUGAUUGUUAUUAUUGUAUCAGCGGUGCACCGGUAGAACGUCCAGAUCAUGCCGUUCUUUGUGUGCAUAUGGGACUAUCUAUGGUGAAAGCUAUCAAAUACGUACAACAGACGACCAAUUCGCCUGUGGAUAUGCGCGUGGGGAUCCAUACGGGUGCAGUAUUAGCAGGUGUGCUUGGCCAAAGACAGUGGCAAUUCGAUGUCUACUCAAGAGAUGUUGAACUUGCCAACAAAAUGGAAAGCAGUGGGAAGGCCGGACGCGUUCAUGUCUCUGAAGUUACCCUGAGUUUCCUAAAUAACGAGUUUGAAGUGGAACCAGCGCAUGGUGAACGCCGCGAAGAAAUGUUGCGGCAAGCCGGGAUUAAGACUUACUUUAUUGUUCGAGUUCUGAAACCUUGGUCGGGAAGUAGUGAAGAGAAGAGUGCACCCGAAGGCGAGGCCGCGGAGGAUGGUGACGACGGCGACGCGCUCUCCGACCUACGAGACGACGACGAGGACUCAGUUCUGUCGCCACAAGACGAGAGCAAGGACAACGGAGAACAGAAAAUUCUAAACAUGUUACAAGAGGAACUCGUCAAUAGAGACGAUGACAAGGAAUUAGCAGACGCAACAAAUCUUUGCCUGACAUUCAAAGCCACGGGAGCAGAGGAGGUGUACGCGCGACGCGACGACCCGUGCCCUUUAGCCAUAGCAGCACCGCCUUUAAUGCUGCUGCCAGCGGUGAUGGUACUCACCAAGUUUGCAGUACCUCAUACUUGGUCGCUGCAUGCUGUGUAUCUCGCACUUGUACUAGAGACGGGCCUAAUCAACGUGGUUUACUAUUCUUGCUAUCGCUAUUCACAAUACAAGAAAAUAAGGGUGAGCCCUUACUGGAAGUUGACUUGCGGAACAUUUAACAUAGCAAUGUUUGUGGCAGCCAACAUUGCGCCAUUGAUAAUCUGCGGCAACUUCGAAACGAUGCUACAAGACGGUCUGCGGGACGACGCGAUUCAACAUGAAGGUGCAAGGCGUUGCAUUCAUCCAUCUUACUAUUAUCACAUUGGAGCUGGUGCAGCGUGUGGUGCUCUGUGGGUUUCACCACUGGGGGCGUGUGCGCGGAGCGUGCUACUUUUGUUGUUGGCUGCCGUACACGCUAUUCCCGCCAUCCUUCACCCCUCGCUACUGGUAGCACGCCCUAGCCUCGACCGAGACCCGUACCUAAAACCAUACAACGACACCACUGAUUGUAUUAGUGAGGAUCUCUUUACAUUAUUAGCUGGCAUCCACAGUCGACGUAAUAUAAUAAUGCUAUUCUUCAUAGUACUCUCCAUGCUGAUUUUCAACAGAUAUGUGGAGUCACUGGAGCGUGCGCGGCACUCACGCAGUGAACGCAUGCGCGUGCAGGCGGAGCAGGCGGGCGACCUGCGGCGCCGCAACCAGGCGCUCAUCCAUAACGUGUUGCCGCCGCACGUCGCGCGACAUUUCAUGGGCGCCAGACAUCACCAUCGUGACCUGUACAGCCAGAGCUAUGCUGAAGUUGGCGUUCUUUUCGCUUCUAUGCCUAACUUUUCAGAAUUCUACUCGGAAGAAACCGUUAAUAACCAAGGCCUAGAAUGUUUAAGAUUUCUCAACGAAGUUAUAUCAGACUUUGAUUUGUUGCUGGAGGACUCAAAAUUCAGUAAGGAUAUUAUCAAAAUAAAAACCAUCAGCUCAACUUACAUGGCUGCUUCGGGCCUAAAUCCUACACGACAAAUGCAGCCGUCUGAUGGUGUAAUGGUGCGGUGGGCUCACCUGGCAUGCCUAGUGGAGUUUGCUUUGGAACUACAGCGCGUGCUCGCUGCCAUAAAUGAACAGUCCUUCAACCAUUUCGUUCUGCGCAUGGGCGUCAACCACGGGCCCAUUACCGCCGGCGUCAUUGGCGCUAGGAAACCUCACUAUGAUAUAUGGGGAAAUACGGUCAACGUUGCCUCAAGAAUGGAAAGUACUGGCAAGGCUGGCUGUAUUCAGGUAACGGAGGAGACCUGCGAAAUCUUGCAAAAUUUCGGGUACUUUUUUGAACAACGCGGCUUGGUGGCAGUUAAGGGCAAGGGCCAGCUCAUGACCUACUACCUGCAGGGCAAACGAGACACGCCCACGGGCCCAGCGGACAAACACACUAUGGAGGUGACAGCAAGUCCCGGUGACACGUUGCUAGCCAACGGCGAUGCGGGGGCCGAAGUUGGAGACCCCUUGCGUGCUACUGAAGGUGCAGAAUGUGCUCGACCUCUCUUGCAGCCCUAA